CCUCACCCAUCCUGCUUUCCCCUGGAAGCAGAAUCAGCUUUUCCUAGGCUGGCAGAGGACAAUGGGACAAUAUGAAGAUAUUAGUGACGCUCCUGGUGUAUGGUGCUCUCUCUGCUGUAUCCGGCCAACAAACUUGUCUUUUAGGAAAGCAUCACAAAGCGUCCCCGAGUGCAGAGAUUGGGGCCAAGGAAUGCGUUCUCUAUGCUGAAUCUUCCUGUUGCUAUGCCAACUUCACAGAGAAACUGUCGCACUCACCUAUCAUCGAGGUGGAUAAUUACUACUGGAACAGAUGUGGCAAUCUCAGCAAAGCGUGUGAAGCUUAUAUUAAGAAGACUGAAUGUUUUUACCAGUGUUCCCCCUUAGCGGCUCAUUGGAUUCACCCCAACAUGUCAUUUGCGAUAGAGCACGUUCCCCUCUGUCAGUCCUUUUGUGACAGCUGGUUUGAGGCUUGUCGAUCUGAUCUGGUCUGCGCUCGCAAUUGGCUGUUUGACUGGAUUGUGGAUGAAAAUGGAAACCACUGUAAAAAUGAGUGCAUCCCAUACCACCAGAUGUAUGCAAAUGGCACAGACUUAUGCCAGACUGCCUGGGGAGCAUCGUUUGAGGUCAGCUCUUCUGCCUGCCACUGCCUUGACAUGACCGAGACAGACAGGAAUGUGAUAAAGUACAUUCUGGGUCAGGAGAACUCGGAGGAGAGCGAUGAACAGGAGGCUUGUAAACCCAGGCUGCAGAAACUGCAAGAACAAGACGAGAAAGAGGAGGCUGAGAAUGACUGAGUCUCAGAUCCACCUGACUGAAGCAUUCGAUGAAGGAACAUGGAGACGCCUGUAGACAAUUUAGUAAAUUCUUUAUGUGAACAAUAUGAGGAGUUAACAUAUAAAUACAGAAUCACUCACA